GGGUUUACUACAGGAAAUCUUGUUCCUCUCCUAAGAUAUCUAUCUAGUACCAUAUCAUCCAUAUCAGUCCCAACCCUAAUCCAUCCUAACCAUCAAUCCACCAAAAUAAUACAAUGCAAACAAUAAUCUACCACCCCACCUAUACCCAAUCCAUCCCCGCAGGCAUGGCAACAGGAAGCACCCUCCACAGCCACGGCCACUGGAUGCCAGAGAACAUGCACCUCCGCCGCGCCUGGCUCUCGCACCUCCUCGACAAGACCAAAGCCGAGAUCCCCCCCAAACUAGGCGCCUCCCCCAACCCAGUCAAAGCCUUCCAAGAGCUGAUCGAAAACGACUCCACCCUCUACAUGCUGGCAAUCUCCAUGUUCGACGAGAUCCCCCAAAAGGCACCCUACGACAGGGACCCCACCACCCUCAAGAAGCAAGUCCGCAGCUACAAAACAAUGCUCUACCUCUUCUCCACCCUCCUCACCCAAGUCCCCGAGUACUUCCUCAACGAGGCCGAAGACUCCAACAUCCCCAGCGGCCUCAUCGGCUUCCCCUUCAACAUCAUCCUCGACUGGCCCAUGGGCACCCCCAGCGGCCGCCAAUUCUUCCUCGACCCGCGCGUCAACACCCACCUCAAAGAAAUCCUCUCCUACUGGAACGCCUUCCUCCAAGACCCCAACGCAGAAACCUCCGAUCCAGCCGGAGGCAACAAAGCCCUCAUCGCCGCAGGCUGGGGCUCCCAAAAAGCCAUCUCCCAACUCGAACAAAAAGCCAACCAACCUCUUCGAGCACCCCGCCGCCGGCACCCCCAGAACUUCUUUAACUACCCGCACUGGGACGCGUUCUUCACGCGGAAAUUCAAACCCGGGAUUCGCCCCGUCGAUGACGACGCCGCCGUCGUCAACGCCUGCGAAUCAUUCCCCCUCGCCUUCGACACGGAUAUCUCCCGCCGCUCGACCUUCUGGCUCAAGGACGCCCCGUACUCGCUAUACGACAUGCUAGGCGCCACGCACGAUCACCACGUUAAAUACUACGUUAACAAAUUCAUCGGCGGGGCCGUCUACCAGGCUUUCCUCAGCGCAGACUCCUACCACUGCUGGAAUGCCCCCGUCACAGGGAAAGUCAUGUACCGCAACGUCUUCCCAGGCACAUACUACGCCGAGACCCCCGCGUCUGGGUUCGGGGGAUCGAGCGGGCCCGACCCCGCCGGUCCGGACCUAUCCCAGCGGUAUAUAACGCAUAUCGCCGCGCGGGGCGUCCUCGUCAUCGAUACGGAUAGAAAGUAUGGUGGAGCUGGGAUCGGGCUUGUUGCUUUCGUGCCGGUUGGGAUGUCGGAGGUGUCGACUUGUGAGUGGGAGAUGCCGGGGACGGAUGUUGGUGAGAUUGUUGCUAAGGGGGAUGUGGUUGGGGCGUUUCAUGGGGGUGGGUCGACGCAUUGUUUGGUUUUUGAGAGGGGGGCGGUUGAGAGGCUGGGGUUUAAUUCGAGGGCGGAGUUUCCGGAGACGGCGACGGUGAAUUUGGGGGAUCCAAUAUUAGGGUUUGUGGAUCAGUGUUAG